GGCGGUGGGAGGCUCGGCAGCGGGAUUCCCUGCGGGAAAACGGCCCCAUCCCUCCCCCGGCCUGUUCGAGACCCUGAACCGAAACAGGAGGCAGGAGGCCCCCGGCCGGCCGGGAAGCGGCCCCAGCCCGGAUUUCCCUCCCGGGUGGGGCCGCAAUGACUCACCCCCUUCCCCCUUCCCCCGGUUUCCUUGUUUGCAUUUCUCCUCCCGGCCACGUGGCGGCCGGUGUAGCGGCCCGCAGCCCCUAGCCCGACACCCCCGCCGCCGCGGCCCCGGCUCGCAAUCCAAGGCCGCUCCCGCCCGCCGGGGUUUCUCGGGGCCCGGGCUCCCGCCGGCUCGGCACCGUGGGCUCGGGACUCCGCCCCCCGCCCGUGCCCACCCCCUUCCCUACUGUAAGGCCUGGCGCGUCCUGCCCGCCCUCCCGGUCCGUCCCGGGAAGGGAAGAGGGCGGGCCGCGCAGGGGGUGUGACAGCUCCCGCCCGGACCAGUGCCAGCGGCAGCCUCGCUUCAGCUCCCGGUGCCAGCUGGCUCUUUCGUCUGGGACGGAGGGGAGGCUCGGGGCUCCUUGUCGCUGGGGUUGGGGGAACGCCCCCCCCAAGCCCCCAGCUUUCCCCCCACCCAAGAGGAGCCUCUCAACCCAGCCUGGCUCGGGCUGCCCUGGCAGCGGGUCCAGCUAGGAAUUGGCCUGCUCACUUCGCCUGGGACUUACAACAGGGGCUCGCUGUUGGCGGGGGGAGGGUGGGCGGGGGGGCUCCCGUCACCCCCAGCCUUUUGCUAGAGGCUGCACGGCUGUGCGAGCUUGAGGAGGAACAUGAAGGUGGGCUGGCCAGGUGAAAGCCGCUGGCAGGUGGGCCUGGCUGUGGAGGACAGCUCCGUCCUGGGAGCACCGCCGGUGGGAGGGCUCCCGGACGUGGUGCCGGAGGGGACGCUGCUCGACAUGGUGCUGAGGAGGAUGCAUCGGUCCCGAAGCUGCUCCUACCAGCUGCUUCUUGAGCACCAGCGCCCCAGCUGCAUCCAGGGGCUUCGCUGGACGCCACUCACCAACAGCGAGGAGUCCCUGGAUUUCAGCGUGAGCCUCGAGCAGGCCUCCACGGAGCGGGUGCUUAGGGCUGGGAAGCAGCUGCAUCGGCAUCUCCUGGCCACCUGCCCCAACCUCAUCCGAGACCGAAAGUACCACCUCAGACUCCACCGGCAAUGCUGCUCUGGAAGGGAACUGGUGGAUGGGAUCUUGGCCCUGGGGCUGGGGGUCCAUUCCCGGAGCCAAGCCGUGGGAAUCUGCCAGGUGCUGCUGGAUGAAGGUGCCCUCUGUCAUGUGAAACACGACUGGGCCUUCCAGGAUCGAGAUACCCAAUUCUACCGUUUCCUCGGGUCGGAGCCAGAGCCUGCAGGCAUCCACGAGCUGGAGGAGGAGUUGGCUGAGGCUCUGGCCCUGCUCUCCCAGCGGGGGCCUGACGCCCUGCUCACGGUGGCGCUUCGAAAGCCCCCCGGGCAGCGGACAGACGAGGAGCUGGACCUCAUCUUUGAGGAACUGCUGCACAUCAAGGCCGUGGCCCACCUCUCCAACUCGGUGAAGCGGGAAUUAGCGGCAGUUCUGCUCUUUGAACCACACAGCAAGGCAGGGACCGUGUUGUUCAGCCAGGGGGACAAGGGCACCUCAUGGUACAUCAUCUGGAAGGGAUCUGUCAAUGUGGUGACCCACGGCAAGGGCCUGGUGACCACACUGCAUGAGGGAGACGACUUUGGACAGCUGGCUCUGGUGAACGAUGCACCCCGGGCAGCCACCAUCAUCCUGCGAGAAGACAACUGUCAUUUUCUUCGCGUGGACAAGCAGGACUUCAACCGUAUCAUCAAGGAUGUGGAAGCAAAGACCAUGAGGCUGGAAGAACAUGGCAAAGUGGUGUUGGUGCUGGAGAGAACCUCUCAGGGCACUGGCCCUUCUCGUCCCCCAACCCCAGGCAGGAACCGGUAUAUAGUGAUGUCUGGCACCCCGGAGAAGAUCCUAGAACUUCUGUUGGAGGCCAUGCGGCCUGAUUCCAGUGCUCAUGACCCAACAGAGACAUUCCUCAGCGACUUCCUCCUGACCCACAGUGUCUUCAUGCCCACUGCCCAGCUUUGCGCUGCCCUCCUGCAUCAUUUCCACGCGGAGCCUGCGGGAGGCAGCGAGCAGGAGUGCAGCACCUACAUCUGCAACAAGAGACAACAGAUCCUGCGGCUGGUCAGCCAGUGGGUGGCCCUGUACGGCCCCAUGCUCCACACCGACACUGUGGCCACCAGCUUCCUCCAGAAACUGUCAGACCUGGUGAGCAGGGAUGCCCGGCUUAGCAACCUGCUGCGGGAGCAGUGGCCAGAGAGGCGGCGACACCACAGGUUGGAAAAUGGCUGUGGGAACGCAUCUCCGCAGAUGAAGGUGUCUGCCCCGAAUGAGGCCCGGAACAUGCCUGUUUGGCUCCCCAGCCAGGAUGAACCUCUCCCCAGCAGCAACUGUGCCAUCCGAGUUGGGGACAAAGUCCCCUAUGACAUCUGCCGGCCGGACCACUCGGUGCUGACCCUGCAGCUGCCUGUGACGGCCUCAGUGAGAGAGGUGAUGGCGGCGUUGGCCCAGGAGGACGGCUGGACUAAGGGGCAGGUGCUGGUGAAGGUGAACUCUGCGGGCGACGCCGUUGGCCUGCAGCCAGAUGCCCGUGGUGUGGCCACAUCGCUGGGGCUCAACGAGCGGCUCUUUGUUGUCAGCCCUCAGGAAGUGCACAAGCUGACCCCACACCCCGAGCAGCUGGGGCCCACCGUGGGCUCUGCGGAGGGGCUGGACCUGGUGAGCACCAAGGACCUGGCGGGCCAGCUGACGGACCACGACUGGAGCCUCUUCAACAGCAUCCACCAGGUGGAGCUGAUCCACUACGUGCUGGGCCCCCAGCCCCUGCGGGACGUCACCACCGCCAACCUGGAGCGCUUCAUGCGCCGCUUCAAUGAGCUGCAGUACUGGGUGGCCACAGAGCUGUGUCUGUGCCCUGUGCCUGGCCUGCGGGCCCAGCUGCUCAGGAAGUUCAUCAAGCUGGCUGCCCACCUUAAGGAGCAAAAGAAUCUCAAUUCCUUCUUUGCCAUCAUGUUUGGCCUCAGCAACUCGUCCAUCAGCCGCCUGGCCCAGACCUGGGAGAGGCUGCCCCACAAAGUCCGGAAGCUCUACUCGGCCCUCGAGAGGCUGCUGGACCCCUCAUGGAACCACCGUGUGUACCGUCUGGCCCUCACCAAGCUCUCCCCUCCCCUCAUCCCCUUCAUGCCCCUUCUUCUCAAAGACAUGACCUUCAUCCAUGAGGGAAAUCACACACUGGUAGAGAAUCUCAUCAACUUUGAGAAGAUGAGAAUGAUGGCCAGAGCUGCGAGGAUGCUGCACCACUGCAGAAGCCACAGCAACGGUGAGGGGGCGGGUUCCCCGGUGCCUCUGUCACCACUUAGAAGCCGAGUCUCCCACCUGCACGAGGACAGCCAGGCGACCAGGAUUUCCAUGUGCUCGGAGCAGUCCCUGAGCACCCGGAGUCCAGCCAGCACCUGGGCUUACGUCCAGCAGCUGAAGGUCAUCGACAACCAGCGGGAACUGUCCCGCCUCUCCCGGGAGCUGGAGCCGUGAGGAGGGGCUGGGCUGCAGCAGGCACUGGCCGCCAGGAGAGCCAGGGCGAGCCGGGUCAGGAGGCCCACGGGCUGGCCGCGCCGGGCAGGGGCUCUCCGCGGACUGAACUUGAGGCCCUGGAGUGGGCGGCAUGGAGGCAGCCGUCCCCUUGAUGACUGGCGGCCAAGGAGGACCUCGGAAUGGAAUGAGCCGGGGCCCAAGGCCAAGGAAUGGGGGACAGAGAGGCCCUGGAGUGGGUGGGAGAGCAGAGCGCUGCCUCUGUGUGUUCAAUAGAGAGCUCUCCGCACCAGGUCUUUUCCAGA